AAGAUUGAUUGAUAAUUGUUUGUAUUUUUAUUUUAUUUUUUUGUACAUAAUUUAUCUUGAUUGGAUGACAUACUGAGCCAUGUUGUUAACUUCUAAGUAUGGGUUUUUCCCUGCAGUUAACCCAGUGUUUUGUCAGCUGGUUAUCAAAAGUUGAUCGAAUGGAUCCAAAGAAGCCUUCUGAUAUCAGUAGUACACCGGGCGUUCCUUGGCUGGGACGCGGAAUAGGACUGCAGUCUCAGGAGCCGGCUGUAGGACGUGGUAGAGGGCUGCUGCUAUCUGCAGAAGGGCCUAGUCUAGGACGAGCCAGAGGUAUUCCCAUUCCUGGCGAUACCCCACAAGGACGAGGAGUAACUCUACCCAUUGCUGAACCUGUGGUUGGACGAGCAAGAGGGCUGCUGCUGCAGCCUGACUAUGGAGGAAUUGGCCGAGCCAGAGGGCUGCUUUUCCCAGCAGCUGAACCAAAGGUAGGGGUGGCAAGAGGUGCAGUCCUUCCUAGUCUGGAGCAGCACCAUGGACAGACGCCUCCAUGUGAAACCACAAUGCAAGGGAAAGGAGAGGAGAUGUCUGCUUUGACAAGAAAAGAGGUUGACCUGCCUAUCCUUGGUCAAGGAUCAAUGCUGGUUUCAAUGUUUAGAGGAAUGGGCAUUGAGCCCUCAAUUGGAAGAGGAACACUACCAGUGGGAAGAGGAGUAGCUGGAGAUCAGGGUGAUGUGAAGCUGCAAGGUACCCCAGUAGGUGUCAUCAGCAGCCUAGAAAGCAUUGGCCAACUUGAAGAGGUGAUGGACAGAGGCAGCAGUUUCCAUGGCCGGGGUCUGCCCUCUCGGACGAUGGUGGGGCUUGGAAGAGCAGCGAUGCCUCACUUUGGAGUCGGAAGAGGGCGCGCUCUACCUCCUUUUCCUCCAGCUCAUGUCGAGUCUGUUUCUCCACCCUCUGAGAAACCAGCAGCCCUACAUUCUCCGGCUUCCCACACAGGUCCUGUGCCCACCACCCAAGAGAUGUCAGAGCUUCCUGCUGUUGUCCCAGCAAAGAAGGAGCUGAAAAUGGAGGCAAGCCGUGAGCCACUUGCCAAGGCUGGAACAAAAGGAGCUGCCAUUACUAUUGGCUCAAACCACAUCAUGAUUCGCUGCAAGAAUGAAGCUGUUUAUCAGUAUCAUGUUACAUUUACUCCAAAUGUGGAGUCAAUGGCAAUGCGUUUUGGCAUGAUGAAGGACCACCGCCCCACCACAGGGGAAGUAGUAGCUUUUGAUGGCUCCAUACUCUUCCUGCCCGUUAAGCUGAAUGACGUGGUUGUUCUAGAGAGUCUAAGAAGAACGGAUAAUGAAGCCAUAAAAAUUCAAAUUCAAAUGACAAAGAUCUUACCACCCAACUCGGAUCUAUGCAUCCCGUUCUACAAUGUGGUGCUCAGGAGGGUAAUGAAAAUCGUUGGGCUGAAGCUGGUGGGUCGUAAUCAUUAUGAUCCGGAGAGUGCAGUCAUUCUUGGAAAACACCGGCUGCAAGUGUGGCCUGGUUAUUCGACCUGUAUCAAGCGCACAGACGGAGGUCUGUACCUCAAUGUGGAUGUGUCUCACAAAGUCCUGCGGAAUGACUCUGUGCUGAAUAUCAUGAACAUGCUCUACCAACAGAGCAAGGAGAGCUUCCAAGAUGAAUGCACCAAAGAGCUCAUCGGAAGCAUCGUCAUCACCCGCUACAACAACCGCACCUACCGCAUUGAUGCCAUCGACUGGAACAAAUCCCCCAAAGACACCUUCACUUUGAUGGAUGGCACACAAACCACUUUUGUGGAAUACUACAGCAAGAACUAUGGGAUUACAAUCAAAGAGAUGGACCAACCUCUGCUUAUGCACCGGCCGAAGGAGAGGGCCAAGCCAGGAGGGAAGCAAAUCAUCACUGGAGAGAUCCUUUUAGUGCCAGAGCUUUCGUUCAUGACGGGAAUCCCAGACAAGAUGAGGAAGGACUUCAGAGCAAUGAAGGACCUGACCAUGCACAUCAAUGUGAGCGGUGAGCAACACACUCACGCAAUAAAGCAGCUUCUGAAGAACAUCAGCGCCAACCCAGAGAGUCUGAAGGAGCUCAGCCGCUGGGGACUGGCCAUUGACUCUGAAAUCCUGGUGACUAAAGGUCGAAUUCUUCCGUCUGAAACCAUCUGUAUGCAGUCUUCAUCAUUUGCCCCCGGUACUGAUGUGUCCUGGUCCAGAGAGGUUGUGAGGGAUACUUCAAUCAGCUCUAUCCCAUUGAACAUUUGGUCCAUCUUCUACCCUCGCCGCUGUGCAGAGCAGGCUGAAGAGCUGGUUUCGACCUUUAACAAGGUGGCCGGGCCUAUUGGGUUGCGACUGGAGCGACCUAUUCGUGUGGAGCUGAGGGAUGAUCGCACUGAGACUUAUGUCAAGAGCAUCCAUUCUCAGCUCAACAGUGAGCCCAAUAUGCAGCUCGUAGUGUGCAUAUUGGUUGGCAACAGAGACGAUCUCUACAGUGCCAUCAAGAAGCUCUGCUGUGUCAAAAGUCCCAUCCCAUCCCAGGCCAUCAAUGUCCGGACAAUUUCCCAGCAACAGAAGUUGAGGAGUAUUGCCCAAAAGAUACUUCUGCAGAUGAACAGCAAGUUGGGAGGAGAGCUGUGGACUGUCAAUGUCCCUCUGAAACACUUGAUGGUGGUGGGAGUUGAUGUCCACCAUGACACCAGCAAGGCGCAUCAAUCAGUCAUGGGAUUUGUCGCAAGUGUGAACAGCUCACUGACCCGGUGGUACUCCAGAGUAACUUUCCAGACACCUAAUGAGGAACUCAUCAAUGGCUUCAGAGUUUGCUUACUUGCUGCACUACAGAAGUACUACGAGGUGAACCACAACUUGCCAGAAAAGAUUGUGGUGUAUCGGGACGGCGUGUCUGAUGGUCAGCUGAAGAUGGUGGAGCAGUACGAGAUCCCACAGUUGAUCAAAUGCUUUGAGACUUUCCCCAGCUAUGAACCCAAGCUGGUCUUCAUUGUGGUCCAAAAGCGCAUCAGCACCACCCUCUACUCCAUGGCUGGGAACAACAUUGGCACACCUCCACCUGGAACAGUGAUCGAUCACACCCUCACUCGGAGAGACUGGGUGGACUUCUUUCUGAUGGCACAUCACAUUCGACAGGGCUGUGGGCUUCCUACACACUACAUCUCGCUGUACAACACAGCGAACCUCACACCGGACCACCUGCAAAGGCUGACUUUCAAGAUGUGCCAUUUGUACUGGAACUGGCCUGGCACCAUUCGUGUUCCGGCACCAUGCAAGUACGCCCACAAACUGGCUUUCCUGUCAGGCCAAUACCUGCACUCCGAGCCGGCCAUCCAGCUGUCAGACAAGCUCUUCUUUCUUUGAGCUGCACCAGUUGACACCACAAGCAAACUGCACAGGUCACAGCAACACCAGCUGUGAUGAAAACUGAAAGACCGAAACAACAAACGACUCAUUUGAAUUAAUGAGAGAUUCAUGAUUGUCACUUAAGACUUUAAAGUUUACUGUAGAUUAUCACCUUGGUUUACCAGAUGGAUCAAGUCCUCAAUUCUACUGAUGUAACCUGAGAAGAACGCCAUAUUGCUGAGUUGAAAGAAGUCUGUGAAAAGGCAGGUGUGGCAUGUGUACACGUGCUACAAAAAAUAGCAGUAUGAAGACCGUUCUCAGUAUGACUAACCACUACAAUUCUUAUAUUGCAUAAUUAUGCAUGUCUUAAUUUUAAGUCUAGUGGGGGAAAAAGGAGAACAGUUGAAGUUUGAAAUUAGUAUUUUCCGAAGUUUGCAAAGUUGCAAAAAUUUUGAGUUUUCAGUGUAUUAGACAGUGUUUUGUUCAUGUUACGACCCUACCACUGUAACCAAUUUUUAUUUAUAAUGCUGUACUUCAUAAGCAGGUUUAUACAGGUUUACUCGUUAGGUCCCAGGAUGUAUCUUAAUACAGUUUCAGCUUUGUAUGCCCAUAAUACUAAAAAGAGCAUAAAAUAAAGCUAACUGGGAGAACUUUCAUCAAA